GGCUGGAUGGGAAAGUCCGCUGCAAGCGCCGGGUGCGUCCCGUCCCACGCCUACCUUGUGCCGCCCUCGCCCCCCUCCUGCUUCCCCGGCGAUGGCGGCAGGCGCUGCAUCUGCCGCCUGUCCCACUCGGGCUUUCGGCGGCCCAGGCGAGGGCCCCGUCUACCUCCUCCUGCCGUUGGCCGUCCCCGCUGGAAAAUCCCUGGUGCUAACCACCGAUGGAGCCAACACUGCCUGGGUUCUCUCUCUCUCAGCUGAAGGCAAGAGCAAAACAGGAAAUCUGCAAGAUGGUGGCAAAGAACUGAAUGGGACAUCUUCCAGUAGCCCUAGCAGGGGGGAUAAUAAGAGGCUUUUGCAAGGAGGUUCUGCAAAAAACCAGCUGGACUUUUCUAAAGGGGAGUUCCAGGACCCCACAGAGUUGCUGUGCAGCAAACCAAAAUCCUACAAAUGCUCUGACUGUGGGAAAAAUUACCGCCGGAGUACUGAUCUCUUGAGGCACCAGCGGACCCAUACUGGAGAGAGGCCUUAUCUGUGUCUGGACUGUGGGAAGAGCUUCAGCCGAAGUUCAAUCCUCCUCGAACACCAGAGAAUCCACACUGGUGAGAAGCCAUACAAAUGCAGCCACUGUGGGCAAGGGUUUAGCCAGAGCUCCAACCGUAACCAACAUGAGAGGACUCAUGGCAAGGAGAAGAUGCGCCACCUUGCAGGUUGGGUACCAAAUCGACAAAGGACAGAGGAUCAGCAGUGUGGGCUGAAAAGCCUGCAAAGAACUGAAGGUAGCUUGGAAUCUGGAGGAAGCCCUCAACCUCCUGGAGAAAGCUCUUCUUGGAGCUCAAAGAUGGUGAUGAAGCGCCAGCGAAGCUGCCUAGUUGAGAAGCCCUACCGAUGCCCGGAGUGUGGGAAGUGCUUUGCACGCAGCACAGAUUUCAUCCGGCACCAUAUCACCCACACAGGAGAGAAGCCCUACACGUGUGGGAGCUGUGGGAAGAGUUUCACCCGCAGCUCUGUCCUCAAUGAGCAUCAGCGCAUCCACACAGGUGAAAGGCCUUACAAGUGUCGGCUGUGUGGGAAGGGCUUUAGUCAGAACUCCAACCGGAACCAGCAUGAGACCAUCCACCAGGCCAAGAAGCCACCCCGGCAUUUCAUGGGUAGCAGCAAAAUGUUGAACUGGGGUGUGGGUCUCACUCAGCAACAGAGAAUCCAUUUGGCAGUGGGGAAAGCCUGACAUUAAUCCAAAGGAGGGGAUAGGAAAAGAAAAAAAAAUAGAUCCCCAUAUGUGAGAGAGAAUCCAAAAUGCGGUGAUGUGGGUAUGUUCUUGUGAAAUAUAUUAUUAUGGGAGUGGGGAGGAAUGUCAUGCAAUCUGCUUCAAAAAGCUGGGUAAGGAAGUGUCAUUGUUUUUCUGUGCUCAACUUUGUGACACUGUUUGCACUCCACUUCCUGUUCUGUUUGGUUAUUUGUUUUGUCAUUGGAAUAGUAGAGUUUAGUGUAUUCAUUCAGCUGGAUGGAAGACUUACGCCAUUGCUCCUCACUCCUCCCAACUAUUUCAGCCUUUUAAAAAUCACUUCUUUCCUGAAUUUGUACCAUUUUAUAUGUGCAUGACAUUACCCUAGAUGCCUUGUUAAUUUCAUCUUCAAAUUUCUUUUAACAAAAGCAAAACCUAUUUAUUUUGUAGUCUUCUAAGUGUUUUUAAGCAUGGGCAGAGAGAGUACAUUUUCUUACAGUGAUCACAGCCAAUUCUACCUAUAUUUCAGAUUAAGGAGUAGAUGUUUCAGACCAGAUGGUCUGGUUUCAUGGAAGGCCUGAGUCUCCACACUCUCCUGGUUGAUCACCAUAUAAUUGUGAAUGGUAAAACUGCCUAGAUGUACUUUGAUCUUUGUGAAAUCAAGGGUUUGAACAGCUUCACUUAGGCAGUGGUCUUAUAGUGACUCACCCGGAAAGAAGGUUCAUUGAUCUCAAUGAAUGUUCUAAAUUCAGUAUUUGGUGUUGAUCAAUGCUAAAUGAACAAUAGUAGCAAGUACACACACGGUUUGACCUUGGAUUUUUUCAAUGAACUUGAUCAAAUGA